AUGCAAUUGGGACUCUCAGAACAUCUGUCCACUCUGGUCGCAAGACGUUUUACAGCUGCCCGAGAUAGCGGCCAUCUCGUCUUCUCCUCAACCCAUCUGUCCAUCAUCAAUGCCGCAGGAAUAUCAUACCAACUCCGCUACUGCCCGGCCCUCGCAAAGAAACCCUCCAAUCUCAAGGACAAUGGCCCGAAAACGCCAAAGUUCGAUCCCUUUCAGAACCCAUGUCCGGAGCUUCUGAUCGCCCAGUUCCCGCCCGAGAACCCCGCCUACAACCUCAUCAUCAACAAAUUCCCCGUCAUCCCGAACCACUUCCUCCUCGUGACAAAAGACUGGCAGGCGCAGACGGACAUCCUCGACAAGGCUGACCUAGAGGCUACAUACGAGGUUCUGAAAGCCUGGAACACCGACAGCGAUGGCUCCAACUCCAACAGCUCGAAGAGCCUCUUCGCCUUCUUCAACUCCGGCGACGACAGCGGCGCAAGCCAAGCCCACCGCCACCUCCAAUUCCUCCCCGUCGAAGCAAUGCGCCAGCCAGGCUCGGACUCCUGGUCCCCACUGAUCGACCUCCUCACGCAACAAACCCCCCAACCAACCUCCCCCUCCCAAACACCAACACCCAACUUCCAGCACCUCCCCGGCCUCCCCAUCGCGCACUUCGCCCUCCCAAUCCCACCAAACCCCUCCGCCGAAAUCCUGCACGACAUAUACAUAACCCUCUACCGGGCCGCCGCGGCAGCGACGCGCGGACGAACACCGAGCCAGGACACCGAGUCGCUGCCCACACACGGACGAGCGUGCAUAAGCUACAACCUGGCCAUGACGCGCUCGACGAUGAUGAUCUGUCCGCGCAGACAGGAGACGGCGACUGUCCCCGUCGACGCUGACAGUGUCGCUGCGCGCGAGAUCGCGGACCACGGCGUGCUCUCGCUGAAUGGCACUAUCCUGGCUGCGACGCUGAUGGUUAAGGCCGAGGGCGAGUGGGAUGCUUUGCGGGAGAAUCCGGAGCAUCUGACGCAGGUGCUUGCUACGAUUGGGUAUCCGCAGACGGAUUCUCGGGGUUCGUCGCUUUGA